AUGCAGCCUCCAGGCUGCAGCGGCCCUGGAGGCUUCUACGGCCCCCCCUCUUUGGCUUACAUGCAACCCCAAGGCCCCUUCAACUCAUCGCCCCAGGCAGCACGACAGGAACAGAGUGAGCCCAGUGUACAGACGUGCGUCCGGGACUCCGUGCGUCUUCUGGGGGAGGCUGUAGCGGUCCUCGAGGGGAUCCGCCUCCUGGGGUCGCAACUGCUGCAGUGGGGAGGUGAAUUAAGUCAAGUGGUGCAGUCGGUGAUCCCCGCAGCACUCAUUCUGCAAGUGGGAAGCUGGAUAUACAACAGAACAAUCGGCGCCUCCAGGCGCCACACUCUCAACCGCAUGCACAAAGCCUGGCGAGAGGCCAGUUCGGUUGGCAGGCCGAACAACAAACUCUCGCCGCCCAACAGCAGCACCGGUAGCAGGUGGCUGUCAACCCUACGCGACUUGUCUGCACUAUUGGCGCUCAUUAUCGUUGCUUCUGAGUUGUACAUACACUUGAACGUGUACAGACGGCUGCUCAGUCGCUUGCGAACGUUAACAGCCAAAGAGAGAGGGAUAUCAGCUGCCUCUCCGCGCAGCUGCAACAGCAGCAACGACGGAUGCAACGCCUGA